AUGCUCAUGCAACAACAUUCUAGAGAAGUCCACAGCAGCCUCACGUGUAACAGCGAGGGCUUCGGGACAGAUCUCAAGGGUCACCAGGAAGACAGGAGCUCCGCUACAGUAGGCGAGCAACCGUCCAGCAGGGACGCCGGGGGGAAGAGCUGGUGCCCCGACUGCGUGCACGCCGAGCCGGUCGUACGAGAGGGGCUGAAGCAUAUCAGUGAAGGAUGUGUGUUCAUCUACUGCCAAGUGGGAGAGAAACCCUAUUGGAAGGAUCCGAAUAAUGACUUCAGAAAAAACCUAAAGGUGACGGCAGUGCCUACACUACUUAAGUAUGGGACGCCUCAAAAACUGGUGGAAUCUGAGUGUCUUCAGGCCAGCCUCGUGCAGAUGUUGUUCUCUGAAGAUUAAGAUUUGAUGAUGGCAAUUGUGUCUGGAUGUCCUGAUUUCCUCUAGUAUAAAGGCAAUUGCAUACUUUUUUUGAAUUCACGUUAGCAGUAAAUAAAUAAUGGUUA